AUGUCCCUCACAAACCCCCCAAAAGCCCUUCUCACCGAUGUCUUUGGCACCGUGGUCGACUGGCGCUCGACCGUGACAAAGUACCUCGACCUCUCUGCGUCGGAGGCGCUCAAUUCCCCGACGGCGUCGAUCCCGAGCGGCGUGCGCACGGCCGCGGCGCAGGUGUCGUGGGCGGCGGUCGCGCAGCUGUGGCGCGUCUCGUACUACAACUUCACGCGGACGUACGACCCGGCGGCGGCGCAGCGGGACCCGUCCAAGUUCAAGACGGUGGACCAGCACCACGUCGAGGCGCUGCACGGGCUCCUGGUCGACCACGGGCUCGACGGCCUGUGGACCGACGACGAGGUCCAAAAGAUCAGCAUGAUCUGGCACUUUCUCGACCCGUGGGCCGACUCGUCGCCGGGCCUGGGCCGGCUCAACGCCCGCUUCGAGACCGCUACCCUCAGCAACGGCAACACCGCCCUGCUGCGGGACCUGGCCUCGCACGGCAACCUCCCCUACAAGCACAUCAUCUCCGCCGAGGACUUUGGCGCCUACAAGCCCCACCCCAGCGUCUACCUCGGCGCCGCGGAGAAGCUGGGCCUGCAGCCCGGCGAGUGCGCCCUCGUCGCCGCCCACCUGGGCGACCUCAAGGCCGCUCGCGGCUGCGGCUACCAGACCAUCUACAUCGAUCGGCCGCAGGAGGAAAGCUGGUCCAAGGAGGACACGGAGGAGGCGAGAAAGCAGGGCUGGGUCGACAUGUGGAUCGGCCUCGACGAAGGGGAGGGAGGCUUUCUCGAGAUCGCCAGGAGAUUUGGCAUCCAAUAA